GCGAUUCAGACAUUGGAUACCCAAGAAAAAUGCUAGGCGAGAGGGACAUGGGUUUCUCUUAUUUUCUCUUCUUCCCCGACGUAUGCAUUGAGGUUAUACACUACGCAUCAACCUGGAAUACGUUCCGAAUCUGCCUUCCGUGCUACAUCCUCUAGCCUGGAGGUACUUGCAGGAACUCCAGUCAUACUGUCACUGGUCCGUGCAACAACACCAACCCAGAUUGGAGACCCACAAUUGACGAUUUCGAUGGGGAGGAUCCGGGCCAGCUUAAUGGAUUGAGGCAGCGGGUAGUCGACAUUCUCAACCUCAUCCUGAAAAAAGAUACGAAGAAGGCAUAUUAAUUCGGUUGAUAAUUUAAACCUUACCACUCUCCUCUUGCUCCCUCGGAUUCUCAUCGAAUCUUUGCUUCAUCAACCCUCGCUAGGCACCUUUUUUCUCGCUUCUCGACGCGUCCAUACGCGUUCAGCCAGCUCUUUGAUCCACAACCCACGACAGUCCGAGCAGCACAACCGCACAACCGCACAAUAUCAUGCUGUCGAGGUAGCCCUGGCAUGGAUGUGUUUCAGCUGUAUAGGCGACCAACGGGGUCAUCGGCUAGCACACCUCGGAAUGGGACACCAGGAGGGCCUGAGAAAUAUGUCAGCUCUGGUGCGCCGAACGGCGGCGGCCUUGAGGUUCGCCUCGGGCCGCUGCCAUCCCGCCAAGCACACGCCGCCAGUCGACCCUCUGGGUACGGCGGAAAGGGCCUCGAUGAGGGAUACCCCGCCAAUGGCGUCGUCGUCUCUGACCUUAAUCCGCACUUCAAGAGGAAAGCAGAGUGUUCUGAGGGACCUACUGCUGCAAUCAAGACCGCGGUGAAGAAUGCCGUGGCCGCCGCAACGUCUAGCCCCGCGACACCCGCGCCGCAGAAGAAGCGAGGUCGUCCCAAGGGCUGGAAGCCCGGCAUGGCAUACUCAGAGACCACCAACAAUCCCAGGUCAGAAGCCGCCAGGCUAUUGUACGUCCAGAGGAGGAUGCGCGAGAACCCCAACUACCAGCUAGGUCACCACGGUAGGCCUCCGGGACGGCCGCCUGGAAGGCCUCCCGGGCCUGGUCGUGCAGCUAGUAAACCAGUCGGUAGGCCGGUUGGUCGGCCACCAGGAUCAAGCUCUGGCGCAUUGAAGGGACCGCCCAAACCCCGGGGAAGGCCGCCGAAGAAGCCACCACCGACCCCGCGGGAGAUAUACCUGUCGCUGAAACCACGGUUUGAGCCCUACCGGUGCGAAUGGUCUGGAUGCCAGGCCGAGCUUCACAAUAUGACCACACUGCGCGCUCACGUGCGCAAGGUUCACGGGGGAAGCACGGGCUGUAAAUGGGUGUCUUGCACACAGAACUCAGCCACAGGCGCGCCUACUACAGCCUCUUUUCCCAGCGGUGACCGGUUGGCUCAUCACAUGGAAAAAGUGCAUAUGAUUCCUCUGCAAUGGCUCCGCGGAGAUGGCUUCAAGGCCGGCCCAAUAUCGUCCGCAAAAACGACUACAACCGCCUCAUACGACGAGAAUGGCGAAGCACCAGCCAUCCCAAGCUACCUGCUAGACAAGGACGGCAAGGAGUUGACACCAUGGGUCUGGUACCAGAAGCUGGAAGACAACGCGACGAGGCUAGCCAACAAGAAGAGGCUUCAGCAGACUUUGUUUCAGAUGAACGAGGACGCUCCAUCGGAAGGGGAGGAAGAUGAAAACGGUGCAGGGGAGGAUGGAUAAGUUCUUUUAUGCCAACCCCAUUGCCACUGUCUGAGAAGGGGCGCAACACGACUUCCCAGUUAAAAGGCAGCUAUAAUGCCCGGAUUUCCACACCUGGAGCUAGGCGUGGUUUUUUUGCCAUAUGUUCAUUUUUUAUCCUUUCCCAUACCCUAGUCAGACGUUAAUCUUUGUUUGGAGGCAUUACAAGAUACCCAGCUACCAGCUACGAGGAACAUAUGCAAACCGCGAUGGCUGCACGCUGGUAGUGUUUCAGGCGUCAGGAGGGAAUAAAACGGCCCGGCCGGGUUUCCGCAGCUGAGGCCGAUGUGCCGGUGCCAAAGCCACCGAACCAGCGAGGCGGUCGGGCCAUUUGUCAGCCCGGAGGGACUUGGGAUGUGCGGGCCGGUAGGCAGCAUGGCAGCUAAUCAGAACAGCCCAACACAGGGGACAGGAAAGGGGCACACCAGCGCGCUGGACAAUAGCCGGCGGCAUGUCCUAGCCGGGAAGGUCGAGUGGGUUAAUCAGCCGUCAGCCAGGCAAAUCACGCAUGGCGUCGGUUCGCACACAGCAGGUACGGCAGGGCAGGGCAGGCAUGUGUGCACCAAUAUAAGUAGCAAAGGUACAUAUCUAGGCGCUGUGUAAGAGCGGGGAAAGGCAUAAUAUUAUGGAGCAGGUUGCUGCUGUGAAGCUGCACGGACGGGUCGAGCGCCUGCUUGGCC